AUGCAACAUAGUUCACUUUGCAGCUUCAGUUCAGUGUUAUGUACUAGAACAGAUUCAGUUCACUUUGCAAUGCAAUUUCAGCUUCAGUUCAGUUCAGUUCAGUGCUGGUUAUUCACUUUGCAAUGCAAUUUGAAGAAACUAGAAACAGCAAAUCAGAAGGAAAUUAUGGAUCUGCAAAGUAUCGUGAUCGGCACGGUAAUAAUGGCGACGGUGCAGGCAGUGCUGGGGAACUUGACGGUAACGGAACGAGGUAUUUUAACGGCCAUCAACACCGGAGCAUCCAGCCUCUCCUUCGUAGGCUCCGGAUUCAUAGUACUAUGCUAUUUACUCUUUAAGGAGCUUCGCAAGUUCUCCUUCAAGCUCGUUUUCUUCCUCGCCCUCUCAGACAUGUUUUGCAGUUUCUUCAGCAUCAUUGGGGAUCCAUCGAAAGGAUUCUUUUGUUAUGCUCAGGGUUACACAACACACUUUUUCUGUGUUGCUUCUUUUCUAUGGACUACAACAAUUGCUUUUACUCUACACAGAACAGUUGUUAGACACAAAACUGACGUAGAGGAUCUAGAGCCCAUGUUUCAUUUGUACGUUUGGGGUACUUCGGUUGUCGUGACAGUUAUACGCUCUAUUGGCAAUGACCAUGGGCAUAUACGUCGUUUAGGCACUUGGUGUUGGGCACAAUCAGGACGUACAGGAAAGGUGGUUCACUUCAUAACAUUUUAUGCACCUCUCUGGGGGGCUAUUCUUUUCAAUGGCAUCACCUAUUUUCAAGUGAUACGCAUGUUAAACAAUGCCACUCGUAUGUUAGCGGGAAUGUCUGAGCGAGCAUACCAAUCAGAUGCACGGCCAGAUACGAAGGUGCUGAACCGAUGGGGUUACUAUCCCCUUAUUCUUAUCGGGUCUUGGUUUUUUGGUACAAUAAACCGCAUCCAUGACUUUAUUGAACCGGGUCACAAAAUCUUUUGGCUUUCAGUGCUUGAUGUUGGAAUGGCUGCUCUCAUGGGCCUCUUCAACUCCAUAGCAUAUGGCCUGAACUCUUCAGUGCGAAGGGCAAUUUAUGAAAGAUUGGAUCUGUUACCAGAAAGCUGCCACAGAUGGUUCCCAAAGAGUUUGAAACCUAAAAGCCAACGGCAGGAGAGUGAACUAGUCCCGUUGACAAUUGAGGAUCAGCGAUAG